AGGAUACUCACGCAUGGAUUGUGCCAAAAAUAUUCGUUACCUUUAGACGUUUCUAAGCAUCCCUCAUCUACUCGUCAAAAUCACUAGCAAGACUUCACAACACGAUAUGAGCUCCCGUGGCUCAAUCGAUGAUGGCUGUGGUGGCGAGGAUGCUUCUACUCCACUCCUCCCUCGAUUGCUCCCCGCUUUGGGGGGUCAUGGAAGUCGAGGUCCCAGCAUUCGACUCUCGUCUGCACCGCCCAAAAGGAUAGGAAACCCUAUGGCGUGCGGCCCCUGUAAAGCCAGGAAGUCGCGGUGCGAUGGAAUUCGGCCAGUGUGUACAAGAUGCCAGAAGAAGAACACCGGUUGUCAGUAUGAGUUGCGAGCCGGUGUUUCUCGUCAAGUCGCCUUGAAGAUCUUUAACGUUGAUCUGAAGCGUGAGAACACCGACUUGAGAGAGCUUGUAUUACUCCUGAAGACGAAGAGUGAAGAUGAAGCAAAAGCAAUACUCAAUAUGAUCAGAUCCCACGACGAUCCUCUCAGUGUUAUCGAGAAGCUUCGACAACAUAAACUGCCUUUCGCUUGGUCCGACACGCCGGGCCAGGACUCUGAUAAGGCUGACGAGAAAGUCAUCAAGAGUGCGAUCCGGGUCCCUGCCCAGCCGUGGACAAGUGUGGCGACCGACGAAGUGGUCUCGGAGCUGAUCACUGCCUGGUUCGCUUGGGAAGACACGACACUGUUUUCGUAUAUCACACUAGAUCUUUUCGUAGCAGACAUGAAAGCAAGCGAUCCAGAGCGUGCGACAUUUUGCUCUCCCUUCCUCGUCAAUGCCAUCUGUGCUGCCAAAGCCAUCAGUUGCAUCGCACGAGCUCAUAGAAUGAGAAGUGUCCACAAGGCCUUCAAGUCCAUGGACAAGCCUGCCGCAGACGCAACGUCUGAAAGUACAUGGGAGCUAAGCGAACGAUUCCUCGCCGCUGUGAAGGAGCACUUGGAGCUUCAUAUGGCUGACAACCCACCGCCUUCGAAGGACGAACAAGACAAAGCGAGACGCGCAGUUAACGAAAAUAUUAUGAAUAACCCGGCGGGCACAGCACUCGUUCAGGCCGCGGGUCUCUCCUCUCAGCGCAAGAGACAAGAGCUCAAGGAAAAGAAGGAGAAAGAGGAGAAAGAGAAGAAGGAUGACAAAUAG